AUGGCAUGGUAUCCUUCCUAUGUCAUUACAUUGAUAUUUCUGUGCGUGGUCUUUUUCUCCUACAGUGCUUGGGACUGGACCAGUUUCAUGGCACAUGUCUUCCUAAUCAGCGGCAGCUUCCAAGAACAUCGAGAGGCUGUAUUUCCUUAUUUGCCUUGCAGUUGGUGGUUCACUUGCCUGGCUGCCUACACAUUGGCGUGGCUUCCCAUGCACAACAUCCUGAAACUUAGCAGCGACUCCGUCAUUUGGACGAUGUUUGUCAUGGCAACUGCCGUGGUGGUCCCGUCAGUGCUCCUGGAGUGGCUUUUCUUCAAGGACAUGGCCAUCUUUGAGAUGAUUCAGUACAGUUUCGCCUUCUUUUACGGGCAAGCCUUGGCAGUGUGGCAGGUGAAUCACUGCAUGCUAUUGCAAGUGCAGACGGCCGCACCUUCACGCCAGCUUCGAAUCCUGCAGUCUGGCACUCGUCUGCGGAAUGUUUCUGGUCACAAGCGUCCAGCCACUGUUGGCUUUCUAUUCUAG